AUGGCGAAAGUGCUGCAGCUGGUGAUCAGCGGGCAGGUGCAGCGCUGCCCUGAGAAAUGUCCCCGAAGCAUCUACAACAUCAUGCUGGCGACGUGGAAGGUCACUCCCGAGAACCGCAUACCGAUAGGGAACGCGCUCGACCUCCUCCACGGGGUGAUGAGCAACAUCAACACUUACCUGGAGAUCCAGGCGGGCGAGGUGGAUCUGGACAGCCUGGAGCCGCCUCCUUCCUGACCCUUCAGGAGGAAAUGUGAUAUUCGCGACGAGCGAACUUGGGUGGGAAAUCGCAUCGCUGAAAUGAUGGCUGUAUCCCUGGAAAUAUAAGUUGGAAU